CGAGGAGGAGGCGGUGGAGGAGGAUGUGGCGCGCGGAGGGGAAAUGGCCGCCGAAAACAAGCCGGAAGAUGAUCAUGGGAACAGCAAUGGAAGUCAUGUAAAAAUCUUUUUACCGAAAAAGCUGCUUGAAUGUCUACCAAAAUGUUCCAGUUUACCAAAAGAGAGGCACCGUUGGAACACUAAUGAGGAAAUUGCCGCGUAUCUAAUAACAUUCGAAAAGCAUGAAGAAUGGCUAACGACCUCCCCUAAAACCAGGCCUCAGAAUGGCUCCAUGAUCCUAUACAACAGGAAGAAGGUGAAAUACAGGAAAGAUGGAUAUUGCUGGAAAAAACGGAAAGACGGGAAGACCACCCGAGAGGACCACAUGAAGCUGAAGGUGCAAGGAGUGGAGUGCCUCUAUGGCUGUUAUGUCCAUUCCUCGAUCAUCCCCACGUUCCACAGAAGGUGCUACUGGCUUCUUCAGAACCCAGACAUCGUGCUGGUGCACUACUUGAAUGUACCCGCCAUCGAGGACUGUGGGAAGCCGUGCGGCCCCAUCCUUUGCUCCAUAAACACCGACAAGAAAGAGUGGGCCAAAUGGACGAAAGAGGAGCUGAUCGGCCAGCUGAAACCAAUGUUUCAUGGCAUCAAGUGGACAUGCAGCAAUGGGAACAGCAGUUCGGGGUUCUCAGUGGAGCAGCUGGUACAGCAGAUCCUGGACAGUCACCAGACCAAACCACAGCCUCGGACGCACAAUUGCCUUUGCACGGGCAACUUGGGCGCAGGUAGCAGCGUGCACCACAAAUGCAAUAGUGCCAAACACCGCAUCAUAUCACCAAAGGUCGAGCCGAGGUCGGGCGGGUACAGCGCCCACUCCGAGGUGCAGAACAAUGACGUCUCCGAAGGGAAGAACGAGCACAGCCACGGCAAGUCCUCCAGCAGGGAGAAGAGGAACGGCAAAGUGGCAAAGCCGGUGCUUCUCCACCAGAACAGUACGGAGGUCUCCUCGACCAAUCAGGUCGAAGUUCCCGACACGACCCAGAAUUCUCCCGUGUCCAUCAGCAGCGGACUGAACAGCGAUCCGGACGUGGCCGACAGCCCAGCAGUCACCGGGGUCUCCAGCAUGGCCGUGGCCUCCGUGAUGGGCAACCUGUCACAGAGCGCCACGGUCUUCAUGUCGGAUGUCACCAGCGAAAGCGUCUAUACCAUGUCGCCCACUGCCGGCCCGAAUCAGCACCUCCUCGCCUCGGACACCGCCGCGCAAGGACUGGUGCUGGCCGUGAGCUCGGACGGCCACAAGUUUGCCUUCCCCACUGCCAGCAGCUCAGAGGGCCUCUCCAUGUUGCCCGCCAGCGUCUCAGAAGAGCUGGUGCUCUCGACGACGCUCGACAGCAGCAGGAAGAUCCCAGAAACCGCCAUGAACUUCGACCCGGACUGCUUCCUUAACAAUCCCAAGCAGGGACAGACGUACGGAGGAGGGGGCCCCAAAGGUGACGGCAUCGGCACCAACAUCCGGCAGUCGCCCACGACGGAGCGCGGGUUCAACUUCAGCGCGGCCCUCACCAAGGAAAUCAAAACCGAGGACACGUCCUUUGAGCAGCAGAUGGCCAAGGAGGCCUUCUCUUCCUCUUCGUCGUCCAACUCGCUCACCCUUACCACCGGUUCCGGUUUGCUCCCCUCCGGAGGAGGACUGAGCCCGAGCACCACCUUGGAGCAAAUGGACUUCAGCGCUAUCGACUCCAACAAGGAUUACGCCUCCAAUUUCAAUCAGGCCGUCCAGAGUCCCCACGUCCACCAGACCCCUUCCCCCAGCUUCUUCCUACAAGACGCAGGCAAACCUCUCCCCCUGGAGCAAAACGCUCACGGCAACCUGGGCGACGCGAGCGGCUCCUUCGUCAACCCUCUAGGGCUCCCCAAUGUGAAGACCGAGGCCUCCUCCCAAAACGCCUCCAACUGCAACGGCACAGUGGAGGCCCGGAUCGAGUCCACUUCUUCGCUUCAGCUCAUGCAGUUCCAGGCCAACUUUCAGAGCAUGGCGGCAGAAGGGGAAGUCCCCAUGGAGACCUCGCCGCAGGUGGAAGGGAACGAGAACCUGCUGAAAUCGGGGGACCUCCAGACCUGCAGCACAGAGCACUAUAUGCAGCCGGAAGCCAACGGCACCUUGAGAAACGGGAGCAACCUGCCCAUCCUCCAAGGGAACAUGGUGCAAGGCCUCUACCCUGUCGCCCACCCGAGCUUAAACAACAACUCCAACAUGGAGCUGAGCUUGGACCACUUCGACAUCUCCUUUAGCAACCAGUUUUCGGACCUGAUCAAUGAUUUCAUCUCGGUGGAAGGCGGGGGCAACACCAUUUACGGGCACCAGCUGGUAUCUGGGGAGAGCGCUGGGCUGCCACAGCCGGAGGACGGGAACCGGGCUUCCUACAGCCAGGCGGAGAUGUGCAUUCCCUGCUGCAGCCCCCAGCAAGCCAACCUGCACCUCAGCAGCACAGAGAACGGGGCCGGCGCCAUGGCGUACAUGCAUGUGACAGAGGUGGUGUCAGCCGCCACGCAAGGCACACUCGGGAUGCUCCAGCAGAGUGGGCGCCUCUUCAUGGUGACGGAUUACUCGCCAGAGUGGUCUUACCCCGAGGGGGGCGUGAAGGUACUUAUCACAGGCCCAUGGCAGGAAGCCAGCAAUAACUACAGCUGUCUGUUUGAUCAGAUCUCUGUGCCUGCUUCGUUGAUACAGCCGGGGGUGCUGCGCUGUUACUGCCCAGCUCAUGACACCGGGCUAGUCACUCUGCAAGUUGCCUUCAACAACCAGAUCAUCUCCAACUCCGUGGUCUUUGAGUAUAAAGCGAGGGCAUUGCCAACCCUGCCUUCCUCUCAGCACGACUGGCUGUCCCUGGAUGAUAACCAGUUCAGAAUGUCUAUCCUGGAGCGGCUGGAGCAAAUGGAGCGAAGGAUGGCCGAGAUGACUGGGACUCAGCAGCACAAGCAAGGAGUAGGCGGGAGCAACGGCAGCGGCAAUGGAGGUAGUCAAGCACAGUGUGUCUCAGGGGCAGCCAGCUUGGGGAACUGCUUCGAGAGCCGAGUGGUGGUUGUGUGUGAGAAGAUGAUGAGCCGCGCCUGCUGGGCCAAGUCCAAGCACCUCAUCCACUCCAAGACUUUCCGGGGAAUGACCCUCCUGCACUUAGCAGCUGCCCAAGGCUACGCUACCCUCAUCCAGACCCUCCUCAAAUGGCGCACCAAGCAUGCUGACAGCAUCGACCUAGAGCUGGAAGUUGACCCCUUGAAUGUGGACCAUUUCUCCUGCACUCCGCUGAUGUGGGCAUGCGCCUUGGGCCACCUGGAUGCAGCUGUGGUCCUGUACAAGUGGGACCGCCGUGCCAUCUCCAUCCCCGACUCCCUCGGGAGGUUGCCCUUGGCCAUCGCCCGGUCCCGGGGCCACGUGAAACUGGCCGAGUGCCUUGAGCAGCUGCAGCGGGAGGAGCAAGCCCAGCUCCGACAAGACCCCCAGAUCCCCUCCCCUUCAAACGAGGAGCCCAGCAGUGAGACCUGGAUCACGCAGUGGCACAGCGAGAUCGUUGCUUCUCAAGAGCCCCACAAGGGAGUCACCGUGAUUUCCAAUUGCAAUACAGAGUUGAGACGGCCUCGGUCCGAGCCCUCCAGUUACUACAGCAGUGAGAGUCAGAAGGAUUACCCAGCACCCAAAAAACACAAACUGAACCCUGAAUAUUUCUCUGCUCGGCAAGAGAAGCUUCUUUCCACAGCUCUCAGCCUGGAGCAGCCGAGUGCCCGGAAGCUAAGCUCCAGUACUAAGCAAUCCAUGCCUGAGACAAUCGGCCCCAGGCAGGGGGUGAGAGACUAUGCCCGGGAGCUUGUCCCGGAUGUGGCCGGGUACCGCAGCUCCAGUGGGCAGGCAGGGAUCAAAUGGAACCCAAAGGAAGCUUAUGGCGGUGUCUCUGCCGUGCAGAUGACAGGCAGCCCUAAGGGGCUGGUUCUAGGGAAGGACUUGGGGGCCCAGCGAUUGCGUCAGCGGGAACAGAUGAGCAUGUUGAUGAUGGCGGACCGGGAGAUGGCAGAAGCGGAACUGCUCUCCUUCCGGAACAGUUCAGAAAGCGAAGACUGCUUGCACCACAUGGACGACCUGCAAGUGACCAUGAUGACCCUGGCAGAGCAUAUCAUUGAAGCCACACCAGAGAGGAUCAAGCGGGAAAACUUUGUGCCAAUGGAGACGCCACUGGUAGAGAGGACGGAGAGUGCUGCCAUUAGCACCUCCAUGAGCUGGCUGGCCAGUUACCUUGCGGAUGUUGACCAUUUACCAAGUGCUGCUCAAAUAAGAAGUCUGUAUAGUGGAACCCUGACCCCUUCUUCCAACACCAGCCUGAGCCCUGCAAGCUCACCGGUCGAUGAAAUGGCUUUUGAAAAGCCCAGCCUCCCUUCGGCGACCGACUGGUCGGAAUUCCUAAGCGCCUCCACCAGUGAGAAGGUUGAAAAUGAGUUUGCGCAGCUGACCCUCUCCGACCAUGAGCAGAGAGAACUCUACGAAGCUGCCAAGCUCGUCCAGACAGUCUUCAGGAAAUAUAAGGGACGGCCCCUCCGGGAGCAACAAGAAGUGGCCGCUGCUGUCAUUCAGCGUUGUUACCGAAAAUACAAGCAGCUUACUUGGAUAGCCUUGAAGUAUGCACUUUAUAAGAAGAUGAUUCAAGCUGCCAUCCUGAUCCAGAGCAAAUUCCGAAGCUAUUAUGGGCAGAAGAAAUUCCAGCAGAGCCGGCGAGCUGCUGUGCUGAUCCAGCAGUUCUACCGCAGCUACAAAGAAUGUGGCAAGAGGAGGCAAAGUCGCAGGACGGCUGCCCUCGUGCAGCAGAAGCUCAGAAGCAGCUUGCUCACCAAGAAACAGGACCAAGCUGCUCGCAAAAUCAUGCGGUUUUUACGACGCUGCCGCCACAGCCCUCUGAUGGAUCAUAGGCGGUACAAAAGGGAGCUGAAUGCUUUCGAAGCACAAGUCUGUGUGUUAAGUUGCAGGCCGCAUGCUCUGGGGUGUCUCUCUUAUUGGGCCCCUUUCUCUUUCUGUUUUGCAACCCAAAUGAGAGAUCUGGAAAGAGGAAAGAGCCCCCAUUUCCUAAAUUACCCACGGGCCAUUUCUGCUCUAAGAGCAACAGAGUGAAAGAAUUGAGAAAGGCCAAGGAACCUGAAGAGAGAGACGGCAGCAUCCCGUAGCAAUGUGACAUUGCUUUUCAGACUGUUUUCAUUUUCUGUUUUUAGCAGAAACAUGCAACAACAAUUACAAAAUGAUUUAAUUAUAAAAAAAAAGAAACUGACUGCAGGGCCGAGGUUAUCGGCUGCAGGAUUUUAACAGUAAUGUUUAGUCAUUACAUUUGCACUUUCAUGGACAACUUUUAAUUUGUUCAGCAAGACAUCUCGGAACUCAAAUCUUUGGUUGGAUCAUGGGGGGGAGGGGGGGCAAGGUGACACCAGAAGGAGUUUUCAUGAGUUGCUUCGUUCCGCUCAAAAAAAAAAGAAAAGGAAAAAAAAAGAAGCAAUUAAUUAUCCUUUUCGUAUAGGGCUGUAUUAAAACAAAACAAAAACGUGUGGAACUGUACAAAUAGUAUACCAAAAAAAAAAAAAAGGCAAAAACCCACAACCCAAGAAUGCUAUUCCUGCUCCUGCCGCUCACCUCCAAGAUCCAGAAACGUUGGGAUUCUCCAUGGAGAGGCUUUGAUCACCUUCCGUCUUGCUUGCGUCCAUCCCCUUCUCCAUUUUCUUGCACGUCUGUCUUUCUGUUCUUCAUCUGAAUCUCUCUUUACAACACACUCUAAUGCAACUUUUUAGAUCUGCCGGUUUUAAAUACAUCCUGUGGGAGUUUUCCCUGAAAGCUGUCGGUGUUUUUAAGGCAAACGGGUAUUUGCAGGGGGGUGGGGGUGGGGAGAGAAUGGGUGAGCAGCUCAAGCAAAAAGUUCCUUUUCUUGGUGUCUUUUUUUUUUCUUCUUCUUCCUCUCUAGGGCCUUCAAGAAUAUCAACUGCCAUGCACUUCUCAUAUUAGGCACUUUAUUUUCUGGCCUUACUUCACGCGAGAUUUUUACUUAUUUACUUAACAAUGAUUUGUAAAGCAUUUUCGUAACCUGCAGACCUCUUGUGUGACCGAAAAGUCAUGUGCAAAUAAGCUGACUGGACAUUUAUACCACCUAAAGGGGGGCAGUGUGGUGCUGCAUUCCGGCCAGUAAAUUUCUUGUUUUGGCUAUUUCAUCAAAAGAAAAGAAAA